AUGGCAUGUUUUGCAGCUUCCUGUGUUCAACUUCACAAUGCGCCUCCUCACGUCCAAAGAAAGGCGUUUGGAGGGCCUUUGCCAAGCAAGAUCAGUGCAGCCUCUGAGCAGCCACAAGCAGCGAGGAGGUCAACGAGGCAAAAAGCUUCCACGGCCGCAGUGCUGACAGGUGUGGGAGCCCUUCUCGGAAAAGCCCAGGUUCGAAGGCAGCUGCGAUCAAGGAGGGAGGCUGGCCAACAGAUUGUAGUCGUGGGUGGCGGAUUGGCAGGCUUGAACCUGGCACUGCGCUUGGAUCAGAUGCCAUGGAAGGCAAGACCAGAGGUAAAGCUGAUAGAUCCAAAGGAUCGCUAUGUCUUCCUGCCUCUGCUGAUUGAUUAUGCAACAGGCGUGGUGGAGCUGGAUGAGUUUGCCCCGGCGUACUUCGAUCUGCUGCAGGGCGCCUCCUCAGUGCAGCAUCUUCAGGGCAUUGCCUCUCAAGUGGAUUGGCGUCGGCGCCAGGUCUCACUCCAGGCCGGAGAUGGUACGCAGACCCUUUCGUUUGACGCCCUGGUGGUUGCGUCGGGCAGCGUCGGUGAGGCAGAAGCCAGAUCCUUGCCAGGGCUUUCGGAAGCCUUUGAGAGUGGCAAGGCUUUGCGCUUCUGUACCCUCGCAGAUGCCGAAGCUCUACGCAGUCGUCUCCAAGACGGUUUGGAGUCCGUCGCUAUUGUAGGUUCAGGUUACGUUGGUGUCGAGCUUGCUGCUGGAUUGGCUGAGGUCUUGCCACAAGCUGCCUCGGCUGGGCGUAUCGCCUUGUUCGGUUCCAGAUUUCUGUCAGGCUGCGAGGAGGCCAAUCAAAAGCAGAGUGCAGAGGCUUUGGACAAGCUAGGAAUUGUCCGCAAGACAGGUCGCGUGACGUCGAUCAACGCUGAGGGGUUGACAUGGUCUCCAGCAGGCUCAGAGAGGUCGGAGGAGGUGCAUUCUUGCAGCCUGGUCAUUGUUACUGGUGCUCUUGCUGCACCAACCGAAGACAGGCUGCAACUGGCGUCACCGCAGGAAGAGGACACCGUUGUUUCUGGGCGGGCUGUGGUAGACCCUUACCUACGCAUUGCUCCGGGUCUCUACUGUCUGGGUGAUGCGUCCGCUGGCUGUCCGCCCACCGGCCAAGUGGCCAUGCAGCAGGCCGAAACCACCGCUUGGAACAUCUUCGCGCAGCUCUCUCAUCUGCCGCGCCCGACCUGGAGACGUUUCAAGCCCAAUGCCAUGGGCGAGUUCAUUGCCCUUGGCAGCACACAGGCCGCAGGCGUGGUUCAGCCAACGCAGCUGGGUAACCUGUUGCCGCCAGCACUCCCGCCUGUUCUCUCACGCGCCAUCGCACCAACAGUGUCUUCAGUAGGGAAGUCUUCCUCCGCAAAGGCGGCUGUUAGCGGGAGGCCUGCCAGCCUCCUGCGCCGCCUCGCCUACUUGUACCGCCUGCCAGGCAUGCAUCGGCUGAAGGUCGCCCAGCAGCGUCUGAUGCGACCCCCUUUGGUGCGCGAGACCUCGCGCUUGACGUGGGGCCGUGAUGGCCUCGCCAGCUUGAUCUCCUCCAAGAAGCAGGGAGGCUUCCUGGAAAAGAUUGUUUUGGAGGACGAACUGUCAGAGCGGCUGCAGUGGACAACCAACUCGCUCGUGAAUGCCAAGAAGAAUGGCACGCCUUACAGGCAUCUCUUGCUACAUGGGCCUCCGGGCACGGGCAAAACGCUCUUCGCCCGAACGCUCGCCAGACAGUCUGGCCUAGACUACGCUAUCAUGUCUGGCGGAGAUGUUGGUCCUCUUGGAAAGGACGCCGUACACGAGCUGAACAAGCUCUUCUCGUGGGCCAACUCAUCCAGGCGAGGCUUGAUCCUCUUCAUCGACGAGGCUGAUGCCUUCCUCCGGACUGGCCGUGGCUCUGACACCGGUUCGAUGAGCGAGGAGGCGAGGAACGUGCUGUCGGCCUUCUUGCACCACACCGGCACCGAAAGCGACAAGUUCGUUGUAGUGCUGGCCACGAACAUCCGAGAGAUUCUUGACAGAGCGGUUCUAGACCGUGUAGAUGAGAACUUUGAGUUUCCCCUUCCUAGCAUCGAGGAGCGCAAAAGGAUGCUGACCAUGUUCAUGGAGGAGCACAUCCACACGCCCACAAAGCGGGGUAAGGUCAUCGAGGUGGACCCCGCCUUGGAUGAGAGCUUCUUAGAACAGGCGCAUGCAGACAUGGACAAUCCGCAUUUGGAUCCGGUGGAGACCUUCUCGUUUCUGAGACUGGUCAGCGCCGAUGGUCAUGAGUUCUUUCUGGACAGACGGAUCGCAUACGAGUGCGAUACCUUCAAAAAAAUGGUGGAGAAGGAGGGCUUCAAAGAAGGUCAGACAAACGAGAUACACCUGCCAACAAUCACCGGCAAGUUGCUUGAGAAGGUGAUUGAGUAUCUGUACUUCAAGUACAAGUACACGGAUGCAAAGGUGCCAAUUCCGGAGUUUCCGAUCGAUGACGACGUCGUUCUGGACCUCCUCCUGGUGGCAAAUUACCUGAACUUGUACUGA